CGGUUGAGGCGGCGCCGACGCAGGGCUGAGAACAUGCUGCGCAAACUGACUGUCGACCAGAUCAACGACUGGUUCACCAUCGGCAAGACCGUGGCCAAUGUGGAGCUGCUGGGCUCGCCGCCCGCCUUCCCAGCCGAGGCGGCCAGGGACGAGGCGCAGCGCCGGGACGCGGCACCCGGUGCGCGCCCUGCCGUCCCGGCCCCGGCUCAGGCCCAGGCCCAGGCCCAGCGGGCAGCUAUUCUUUGCAGGCCACUUAGGCACAAGAGCUCAGAAAUGGAGUAUAUUAACAAAUACAGACAGCUUGAAGCGCAAGAUUUUGAUAUGUAUGGCAGUGAUCAGUCCACCACUGGGCCAGGUCCAAGGCCACCUUUGGCUAAGUUAAGCAAUGUUACCUGCGUCCCAGAGACAACUUAUAAAUAUCCUGAUUUGCCUAUAAAUCGAUGUAAGGAAGAGGUUAUUUCUUUGAUAGAAAGUAAUUCUGUGGUAAUUAUUCACGGUGCCACAGGGAGUGGUAAAAGUACUCAGCUCCCACAGUACAUCUUGGAUCAUUACAUUCAACGCUCUACCUACUGCAACAUUGUUGUUACCCAGCCCCGGAAGAUAGGGGCCAGCAGCAUCGCCAGGUGGAUUAGUAAAGAGCGCGCCUGGACUUUGGGGGGUUUGGUGGGCUAUCAGGUAGGGUUGGAGAAAAUAGCAACGGAAGACACUAAGUUAAUUUAUAUGACAACGGGAGUCCUGCUUCAAAAAAUAGUUAGUGCCAAGAGUUUGAUGGAGUUCACACAUGUCUUCAUUGAUGAAGUCCAUGAACGUACUGAAGAAAUGGAUUUCCUGUUGUUGGUAGUCCGCAAACUUUUAAGAACAAAUUCACGUUUUGUGAAGGUAGUCCUGAUGUCAGCCACCAUCAACUGUAAAGAUUUUGCGGAUUACUUUGCUGUUCCUGUUCAGAACAAGAUGAACCCUGCAUAUAUUUUUGAAGUGGAAGGAAAGCCCUAUGCAAUUGAAGAGUAUUAUCUUAAUGAUUUGGAGCAUGUUCAUCACAGCAGGCUCUCUCCUCAUCUCCUGGAGGAGCCGGUGAUAACUAAGGAUAUAUAUGAAGUUGCUGUCUCCCUAAUUCAGAUGUUUGAUGACUUGGAUAUGAAAGAAAGUGGGAAGAAGACCUGGUCAGAUGCCCAGUGUGUGUCAGAGCGGAGCAGUGUGCUGGUGUUUUUGCCAGGUCUGGGUGAAAUAAACUACAUGCAUGAACUUCUCACAAACAUGGUUCACAAAAGGUUACAGGUCUAUCCACUUCAUUCAAGUGUGACUUUGGAAGAACAGAAUAAUGUGUUUUUAAGCCCAGUGCCUGGGUACAGAAAGAUUAUUUUGUCCACCAACAUUGCAGAGAGUUCUGUCACAGUUCCAGAUGUCAAAUAUGUUAUAGAUUUUUGUUUGACUAGAACUCUGGUUUGUGAUGAAGAUACGAAUUAUCAGAGUCUGCGAUUGAGUUGGGCCUCUAAAACAAGUUGUGAUCAGAGAAAAGGCCGUGCUGGACGAGUGUCUAAAGGGUACUGUUAUAGACUGAUACACAAGGAUUUCUGGGACAACUCCAUCCCCGACCAUGUGGUUCCGGAGAUGUUGCGUUGUCCAUUAGGAAGCACAAUAUUGAAAGUGAAGCUACUUGACAUGGGCGAACCAAGAGCUCUGCUGGCCACUGCCCUUUCUCCGCCUAGUCUGAGUGACAUAGAACGUACCAUCCUUCUACUAAAGGAGGUUGGAGCACUUGCAGUUAGUGGGCAGAGAGAAGAUGAAAACCCCCAUGAUGGUGAAUUGACCUUCUUAGGAAGAGUCUUAGCCCAGCUUCCUGUUAAUCAGCAGCUUGGUAAACUCAUUGUCCUCGGGCAUGUGUUUGGAUGUCUAGAUGAAUGUCUCAUCAUAGCUGCAGCUCUUUCUUUGAAGAAUUUUUUUGCAAUGCCUUUUAGGCAGCAUCUUGAUGGAUAUAGGAACAAAGUGAAUUUCUCUGGCAACAGUAAGAGUGACUGUAUUGCACUUAUUGAGGCAUUUAAAACGUGGCAGGCUUGCAGACAGAGAGGAGAGCUACGGCAUCCAAAGGAUGAACUUGACUGGGGAUGGUUAAAUUACAUUCAAAUCAAGAGAAUUAGAGAGGUGGCUGAAUUGUAUGAAGAAUUGAAGAAUAGAAUCUCACAAUUCAACAUGUAUGUUGAUUCUCGGCGGCCUGUCAUGGACCAAGAGUAUAUACACAAGCAGCGAUUCGUCCUUCAGGUUGUAUUGGCAGGUGCUUUUUAUCCAAAUUACUUUACUUUUGGGCCACCUGAUGAGGAGAUGGCGGUGAGGGAGCUGGCUGGCAAAGACCCAAAGACAACCGUUGUGUUGAAACACAUUCCUCCCUAUGGAUUUCUCUACUAUAAACAACUACAGUCUCUCUUUAGACAAUGUGGUCAAGUCAAAUCCAUUGUAUUUGAUGGUGCAAAAGCCUUUGUGGAGUUUUCACGUAAUCCAACAGAGAGAUUUAAAACUCUUCCUGCGGUGUAUAUGGCAAUUAAGAUGUCUCACCUGAAAGUUUCCCUAGAGCUCAGUGUUCAUUCUGCAGAGGAGAUUGAAGGGAAGGUGCAAGGAGGGACUGUUUCCAAGCUCAGGAACACAAGGGUGAAUGUGGACUUCCAGAAGCAGACGGUAGAUCCUAUGCAAGUCUCAUUUAAUACGUCAGACCGAUCUCGGACAACCACAGAUCUCCUUUUAACAAUCGACGUUACAGAGGUGGUUGAAGUGGGACACUUUUGGGGAUAUAGGAUUGACGCAAAAAACUCAGAGAUUCUGAAAAAGCUGACCACUGAAAUAAACCGACUGAAGUUGGUUCCCCUGGCUGUUCACCCACAUCCAGACUUGGUCUGUCUGGCUCCUUUUGCUGAUUUUGAUAGAGAAAGCUACUUUAGAGCUCAAAUCCUUUAUGUUUCUGGGAAUUCUGCUGAGGUCUUCUUCGUAGACUAUGGUAACAGAGCUCACGUAGAGCUGGCUCUUUUAAUGGAGAUUCCCUGUCAGUUUCUUGAACUUCCGUUCCAGGCUUUGGAAUUUAAGAUUUGCAAAAUGCGCCCGUCUGCAAAGUCUCUGGUGUGUGGUGAGCACUGGAGUGGUGCGGCCAGCCGGCGGUUUGCCUCCUUGGUGAGGGGCUGCACUCUCCUUGUGAAGGUCUUCUCUGUUGUGCACAAUGUCUUGCACGCAGACGUGUACCGGUACUCGGGGGUCCAGGACACCAUCGACCUAAGAGACAUCCUCAUCAAGGAGGGCUAUGCCGAGCUCGCAGAGGAGUCCUAUGAGUCAAAACAAAGCCAUGAAGUUCUCAAGGGUCUCUUUUCUAAAUCAGUAGAAAAUGGGACAGACAUGUUUGUGCCAUCGCCUGUGAAAGAUGAGGAAAAGUAUCUGAUCCGGAUUUUGUUAGAGAGCUUUUCUUCUAAUAAACUGGGUACCCCAAACUGCAAGGCAAUACUUCAUGGGCCUUUUAACCCUUAUGAACUGAAGUGUCAUAGUUUGACCAGAAUAUCCAAGUUCAGAUGUGUUUGGAUUGAGAAGGAGAGCAUCAACUCUGUCAUCAUCAGUGACACCCCUGAAGACCUUCACCAGAGAAUGCUGGUUGCAGCUUCCCUUUCAGUCAAUGCAACCGGGUCUACUAUGCUGCUGAGAGAAACCUCUCUGAUGCCGCAUAUCCCUGGCCUCCCGGCUCUCAUCAGCAUGCUGUUUGCACCAGUGAUGGAGUUAAGGGUUGAUCGGGAUGGAAAAUGCUAUACUGGAGUCCUUUGUGGUUUGGGGUGGAAUCCAAGUACAGGGGCCCCUAUACUGCCAGAGCAUGACAUUGAACUAGCGUUUGACGUUCAGUUCAGCGUGGAGGAUAUCGUAGAGAUUAAUAUUCUCAGGGCUGCUAUUAACAAGCUAGUAUGUGAUGGACCAAAUGGAGCGAAGUAUCUUGGGCCAGAAAGAAUUGCACAGUUACAGGACAAUGCUCGUCAGAAACUUUUAGGUUUGUUCUGUCGGUUGAAACCGAGAGAGAGAAUUGUUCCUAAUUGGCAUGAGAAGCCAUAUGAGUGGAAUCAGGUUGAUCCAAAGCUGGUCAUGGAGCAGGCUGACCCGGAGAGCAGCAGAGGGAACACCUUUCUCUACCAGCUUCACAAACUGAUCGUUCUCAGUACCUAGGUGUGCUGGUGCGUUGUAUCUCAGUUCCUCCCGGAGGAAGCCGUGGAGCGUGGAUUAAAGGCUCCGCUGCAGACUGAACGUUUCUCUGUAUCUGAGCAUUACAGUCUUUACCCAUUGCGUCCGAAAGGUCUUCUCCAUCCUGGUUUCUUUUCUCUUUGGGUGUUGGCUGGUGAGUGGUAUUUCUGUUCAAAUGGAGAGGAUCGGAAAGUCUAGUCCUUUCCAGAAACAGAAAAUCACUGUAUUGAACAUUUUGGGAAAAAUUGUUCUGAAAUAUGACUUCAUUUGGAAAAAGAACUAUAUUUUCGUUUAAAUUUAUUAAGGUAAAUAUAAGUAGCUAAUCUUACAUGUAUGGUUUCAGAAUGUACUUGUAUGUUCUGUUUUGUUAUAGUGAUUUAAACCUGGGGUACAGGAAAAACCAGGACUCCCAGUUUACCACAAGGGAAAGGUUGUGUUUUUUUAAAAACCAUGUGGCAUUUUCUAAUUUUUUUUUCCAUGAUGGAAAAUAUCUAAUUUUGGUAAAACUAACUUCAGUUUUGUAUAUUUUAGAUUUUUACUUAAGUUACAAUUCUUAGUCCACAUUUUGGAAAUCGGAGAGAUUACCUGGCAACUAUUUCUAUGUUAAAACAAUAAAAGCAUU